CGCACCCUCAACAGCUUGCAAUAACUAUCAACACUUAAUCAGUCGAACCAUGGCUACAGCUACAGUCCAGCCCAUUACAACUGGCUCUGUUACGAAGUACGAAGCCCGCUCAACCGCCCAUGGCUACCUGCAAUCUCGUCUUGCAGCCAAAGACACGAUAAGCGACGCUGACUUCACCAUACCCGUAAUUGACCUAACGCCAUCAUUUUCUGAGUCUCUGGAGGACCGCAAAUCGGUAGCGGCCCAGAUCCGCGAGGCUUGCACCACUUCAGGGUUCUUUUACGUUACGCACCACGGUAUUCCUUCCAGCACUCUACAGUCUAUUUUACAACAAGCGGAACGCUUUUUCAAUCUACCUCUGGCUUCUAAACAAGAUUUGCAUAUCAAAACGAGCAAGUAUGGAUAUGGCUGGGAGCCUAGUGAAUACACAUCGCUUGCCGGCGACUUGGAGUCUAAAGAAGGUUUUAACUUUGGGUACGAGGAAGGAUUGGACAAGAGUGGGGGUGAUGGGAAAUACAGAAAUCUGGACGGAAGUGAUGAGAAAGCCAAUCUGUGGCCUAAGAAAGAAGAAUUGCCGGGCUUCUAUGAGCAUGUUGGCGAAUACUAUGAUGCCGUCCUAAAACUUUCCCGCCACAUGUUCAGGCUCUUUGCUCUUUCGCUAGACCUGCCAGAAGAUCAUUUUGAUGCUAUGGUCACGCAUCCGGGAGGCAUCGCGCGUCUCCUCUACUACCCUCCUCCUAAGAAUCCACAGCCCACUGUCUCCGAACCAAUUCAGGAGAAAGACUACAUUGGUCUGGGUGCCCAUUCUGACUAUGAGUGCUUCACGCUCUUGCUUUCUUCGACCACACCCGGUCUCGAGAUCCUCAAGCCAUCUGGUCACUGGCACAUCGCAACCCAUAUCCCUGACGCUUUCAUCAUCAACGUCGCAGACUUCAUGAUGCGAUGGACCAACGACGUGUACAAAUCCACUAUUCAUCGCGUUGUCAAUAGGAGCAAUCAGGUCCGAUACAGCGUGCCGUUCUUCUUCUCCGUCAAUUACGAGGAAGUCAUCGAGACGCUGCCGACAUGCUUGAAAGAGGGAGAGAAGCCCCGAUAUCCUCCCAUCGGAGCGGGGGAGUAUAUUCUUGAGCGACUCAAUGCCACAACCAAAGAUGGCGCGGGGUUUUAUGGAAACGCAGAGGUAUUCGAGAAAGAGAGUGCGUCAUAAACCCGGGAUGCGUGUAGAUCAUGUAUGCGCUAGUAUUUGUCGCCAUUUUGGAUAUAAGCACAAUUGAUAGACGAGCUAAAAUGUCUUGCGCAGCCAGAGGACAUUAGAGUAACUCCGGGACACCAGAGGUUUUCAAGUCAUGUGACCUAUGCUACCAAGAAUCGGCCCAGUAAAAAUGUCAUCUGACUGUAAACCCUCGCGGACCGCAAAGGGAGACUGCAUGUACUUCGUAGGG